CAAUGCCAUGAGCUUAUGGACAAAAAUAAAAGGCAAGGGUUCCGAAUUGACAGGUCCCCAACCUAUUGGAAAGUUUGGUAUGCUAAUUGAAUUUCUUUUCGAAAAAUUUCCAAACGUGGAGGUUGUCAAUGAUCAAGCUAUUGGAGAUCUCGAGGCAUUCUAUAAGGCAUCAAAGCAAAGAUUUGACAGUGAUCCUGGAUUCAAGGAGAGGGCGCAACAAGCGGUGGUCAGUCUCCAGGGUGGGGAAGAGAAGUAUCGAAAGGCAUGGGCACAAAUCUGUGAAAUCAGUCGAAGGGGAUAUCCAAGAGUUUAUCAACGCCUAGGAAUUAAGAUAGAGGAGAAGGGAGAAAGCUUUUACAAUCCAUAUAUACCUGGAGUUUUAGAGGAAUUGGAUAAGAAAGGAUUAAUUGAAGAAAGUGAAGGUGCUCGUGUGAUCUUUAUUGAGGGGAAAAAUAUACCUUUAAUUGUUGUGAAGAAGGACGGUGGUUUCAACUAUGCUUCCACUGAUCUUGCGGCUCUUUGGUAUCGUCUUAAUGAAGAAAAAGCUGAAUGGAUAAUCUAUGUAACUGAUGUUGGCCAGCGAGAGCACUUUGAAAUGUUUUUCACUGCUGCGAAACGUACUGGUUGGCUUCCAGCUGGUGAGAAUAUGUAUCAUAAAACUAACCAUGUGGGUUUUGGUCUUGUUCUUGGAAAGGAUGGGAAACGAUUUCGAACUCGCAGUAUUGAAGUGGUUCGAUUAAUUGAUUUGUUGGAUGAAGUAAAGAGUCGCUGUAAAGCAACUAUUGUAGAACGAGGUAAAGCUGAUGAAUGGACAGAGGCGGAGCUUGAUCAAACAGCUGAGGCAGUUGGUUAUGGGGCUGUCAAGUAA